AUGCGUGUUCCAGCAAUUUUGACGCCAAUCUUGGCCACAGGGGCAGUCUCGCGCUCUGUCUCGUACCUCGGCCAAACCCCAAUUGGAGACUAUCGACCGAUUAGUAAUGGAAAUACCCAUAUAGAUGCACCAGGCGACGAUGUCUGUCUGCUGCCACCAAAAGUUGCACCGCCAAAGGACGGGUUGCACCCUUCUCUAGAUUUUAUUCAAGAUUCUUCCUAUCUGUCGCAGCAAGUAGAGCGGCUGUCGCGUGUUGUUCAGGUGCCCAGCACUUCCACGGAGCUGGAGGAUGAUCCGUGGAGCGAUUAUUAUGCUCCUUUCCUCGACUUGCACGAUGAAUUGGCCAAGCUCUUUCCACUAGUGCACUCCUACGGCAAAGUCGAAAAAGUGAACCGUUUCGGCCUUGCGUAUACCUUCAAUGGCACCAACUCGGCACUUAAACCUAUGCUUUUCAUGGCCCAUCAAGAUGUUGUCCCUAUCGAUGACCCCAAUGACUGGACUUAUCCUCCAUUUUCGGGUCACUAUGACGGCCAAUGGCUCUGGGGCCGGGGUUCUAGUGACUGCAAAAAUAGUCUUAUCGGCGUGCUGUCCGCAGUCGAAGAUCUCCUGAAGCAAGGUUGGACUCCAACGCGUACCCUCGUCCUCUCCUUUGGAUACGACGAGGAAUCCAAGGGGUGGAAGGGAGCCGGUUGUUUAUCUGAACAUCUCGAGAAGCGUUACGGCAAGGACAGCUUUGAAUUUAUCAUCGACGAAGGUGGCGUGGGUAUUAAUACUAUAGGAGACAAGAUCUAUGCUAUGGCAGGUGUUGGCGAAAAAGGUGCGGUUGACAUUCACAUCUCUCUCAGCAUUGAUGGCGGUCACUCAUCUAUUCCACCGCCGCAUACCGGUAUCGGAAUCAUCUCCGAAAUAAUCUACCAUCUCGAGCGAGAGCAGCUAUUCACGCCUAGACUUGAUCUCUCGCACCCAUCUCGACAAGGUCUCACAUGUCAAGCAAAGCAUUCAGUUGAUUUCGUCGAGCCCUGGCUCUGGUCUGCUCUUGAAUCCUCUGAUUAUACCGGUCUAGCUGAAGCUCUCGCUGCAUCUCGGGGUGACCGGGUCCGUUUUCUCUACCAGACCUCCCAAGCAGCCGACCUUAUCCACGGCGGCGUGAAAAUCAAUGCGCUACCAGAAAAGAUUAGUGCAACUGUAAAUUACCGAGUCGCCAUCCACGAAAACACAGACAUGGUCCGCGCCCGCGCCAUCAACAUCAUCACACCCAUCGCCAAGGCGCACAACCUCACUUUCUCCGCGUUUGGCUCGGGUGAUAAACCGCAAGCAAACAACCAUCUCGAUAUCUCGGAUUACGAUCUACCACUUGAACCAGCACCAAUCAGUCCCACGUCGCCCUCCGAUGCAAUCUGGACGCGCAUGUCUGGUGUUACUCGGCAAUUCUUCGAGUCCCUGCCAGCGUCAAACAACAGGACUGUACUUGUUGUCGGGGAUGUCAUGACCGGUAACACCGAUACCAGAUUUUACUGGAAUUUGACGCGCAAUAUCUGGCGAUUUAGUCCUAUUCGCCCUGAUGGUGCUAAGAAUAUUCAUACGGUUGAUGAGGGGAUCGAUAUGGCUGUGCAUUUGGAGGGGCUGGCUUUCUAUUACGAGUUGAUUCGGGCGUUUGAUACGUACGAGGACUAG